AUGGAUCAACCAAUUCCUCUUCUGUUUUUAUUAAAAUACUUAUUUAAGGGUGCACAGUGUCUAGACUGUGAGCAAGUGAGGAAGCCUGUUAGAGCAGUUGUGAUGGAGUGGAAUGAACUGCCCAAAGGAGAGGACCCAGACUAUUAUAUUGUGACAUACCAGCAAGCAGAUGCUUUCAAUCAAAAAAAUGUAAGAAACACUUCUAAAGGUGAACUGAAACCUGUCAGGACUGCAGUUCUGCUCGAGGAAAAUAAGAAGUAUGAUAUUACAAUAGAAUCCCUAAAAAAUGGCCGAAUCUUAAGUGUAAAAUCAUUUAAGACACGUGGAAUUUCAGAGAAUGCCAUCAAAAUAUUUGUGACAGCUACUACAGUGUCUUUUGAUUGGAGUAUGAUGAUSAAAGAAUUUUCAGUUUCUCUUUUAAUGAAUGGUACUUCUCAGAGAAUAAAAAGUCCCAGUGGAUUCUUUGUAUGGAGAAAUUUGACACCUUCCACCAUAUAUACAUUUAAGUUUAUAUUUGAACAAUUAAAUCUUGAAUUUGUAAAUGUGUCUCAAUCACUGGAUAUUCAGGCUGAAACAGGCACCUGUUCCCAAGGGUGGGUGGCAUUCCAGAGCAGCUGCUACCGAAUGGGCAGGGAGAGCAAGCCAUGGAAGGUGGCACAACAAAUCUGUGAAACCUCUCCACAAGGGGCACAUCUUCUCGACAUAGGGAGUGAAGAAGAAAACAGCUUUGUGUUGUCCUAUCUCCAGAAAAUUAGUCGAAUAAUCAUGUUAUGGACUGGUCUUAAUGACCUAAAGGAAGAAGGUCAGCUCUUGUGGACAGAUGGCUCUCCUUAUCUUCUAAAAGCUGGUAUCUCAACCCUGUCAAUGAUACCAGAAAAUCAAACUGACUGCUAUGCCCUUCAGAGAGAUCCCACUGGCCCAGACUAUUUCUUCACAGGAUUUUUCUGCUAUGUACAGCUACCAUAUAUUUGUGAAUAUGAAUUACCUCUGGCACCAGAAGAUUUCACAUUUAAUGUGCACGAUGUCACAACAACUGAAGCUCUAUUUACAUGGAGCAGGGUGGACACGUGGCUUAAGCCAGGCUUUGCACUUGCACUCAAGUACUAUUUUGAUCAGUGGAAGCCAUACAUUCUGAAUUUGACUGUGAAUACAACUCAAACAAGAAUUAGGCAGCUGUCUCCAGGCCUUCUCUAUAGUUUCUUAUUAGCAGCAAGGAGCCCAGAAGGAGAACAGACUAUCUUAAGUCCAAUUCUGAAGGUAGAAACAAGGCCGUUGCAUUCCCAGAAGUUAGAGGCUACAUAUGUUUCAUCUGCAGAAAUACAUUUAGAAUGGAAGCUUCCACAGCAUUCAUCCAGUGCUUCUUUUCAUUACUACCUGGUCAGCAUGUUGGAUACCGAAACCCACAUCUGGGAGCAGUUACCAGUUGAGAAAAACAAGACUUCAAUGGUUAUACGAAAUAUAAAACCUUAUCAUCAGUAUCAAUUAUAUUUACAGAAUGUAGCAGAGAAAGGAACUCUAAGCUGCCAUGAGAAGCCAAUAUUAAUCACAACAGCUGUCAGUCCUCCUACAGCUGUUUAUAUUCACCCAGAGGAUGUACAAGAAGAGAGUGUAAUCCUUCGCUGGAAGCUGCCACAGGAGUGCCAGGAAUCCUACAUUCAAGUGAAACCUAAUGCAGACAUAGGUGAAACUAAAAAGUAUUUUUUAAGCAAUACAGAAGUAUUAAAGGUUGCUGACCUAAUUCCUGGAAUGGCUUAUGAAAUAGCAGUGGCAAGUGUGAAAAAUGGAACUAUGAGCAAACUGAAGAGCAUUCAAUGCACUUUAAAACCCAAGCCUGUUCAAAUUGUAGUUCCUUWUGGGCUCUAUAGUGAUGCUGUGGUACUAUUUGUUCGCACGCCUGAUAUCGGAGUAUUUGAUGGCAUUUAUGUUACAAGUAAAAAAGGACCUAAUGCAGCAUUCCUUUUAAAAAGUGAUGGUAAAAUAACAAUUGAAAACCUUACUGCAGGAACAGAAUAUGAUUUCUGUAUCUCCACAAAAAGUGGAAAAAUGUUGAGCUCCUUUUACUGUUUAAAUGGUGUAAAAACAUGUCUGGCAGCUCCCCGGAACAUGCGAGAGGGUGACGUUACUGAUUCUUCUAUACAGCUCGCUUGGAACCGCACUGACGGAGAUUUCGAACAGUACAAAGUCACAUGUACAAAUUGUGCAAGUGCUUUCAAGGUCCAGAAGGUCAAGCAAGAAACAGCAACAUUUUCCAACCUUAGUCCUGGUAAGAUGUACAGUUUUGCAAUUCGAACAGAGAAGGAAAGUUUCAGAGACAGUAUUUUUGUGACAAAGGAAAUAGAGACAGUACCAAGUGCAGUUAAAUAUCUGAACUGUAGCAGAGAUUCUCAAUCAAUAACUGUUACCUGGCCACUAGCCCAAAGUAUAUUUGAUGGAUAUGUUCUUUCAAUAAACAGUAAAGUCUUCAAUGAGAAGAAAAUGUUACCUUCUGGUGUGAGAAUGCACAAAUUUGAACACCUUCUGCCAGGCACUGAUUUCUUGAUCAAUAUUGUGACAACCAAUGGAUUAAAAAGAAGCCGCCCUACCAUCCUCAAGAUUAGCACCUAUCCUGAUCCACCCUCAGAUUUACAGGUGUGGGGACAAGAAGAAAAUACCUAUUUUUCUUGGAAACUACCCAGAGGAGGAUUUGAUACGUUUCGGCUUUCACAUUGUCUGAUGAAUAAUGAAAAUUUGCUUACCAGAACUAUUUAUGACAGCAGAGCUGUAGUGAAAAAUCUGACCCCUGGGACAGAAUAUAUUUUUCGGUUAAGGACAAUUAAAGGCUUGGAUUUGUCUGUGGCUGUGGAAAAAAAGGUCAUUACAAAGCCUGCUGGGAUAUGCGGUCUGACAUUAAAAAUGGUAAAUACUUCCUCUGCAACUGUAAUGUGGAAUCCAACCACGACUAACUUCACUUCUUAUAAAGCAUCUUUAUCAAACAACAUGUUUACAAAAAAGCUAAGAAUUCCACGAACACUGACUGACUUUAGUGUUACAGACCUGACUGCUGGGGGCAUUUAUAAUUUCACACUGAAAAGACUAAAAGGAAAUAUUGAAGGAGCUUCUGCUUUCCUUGAAUUUGUAGCAGAACCUGCAAAGCCGGAAAGACUUAAAUUCUUCAAUGUUUCAUCAUAUUAUUUUUCACUGUAUUGGAGACUACCGUAUGGACUUGUAGACAGAUUUCACCUGGAUCUUAUUCCUGAUCAUGCUUCUGUUGUUAUCCUAGAUCUUGGAGCUGGGGAGUAUCAAGCUGAUUUUUCCAGUACUCUUCCCGGAACAACAUACAAUGUUACAGUUUCUGCAAUUUCUUCUUCAGUCUAUAGUACACCUGUGAGUAGAACUGUGACAACAAAUGUGACAAAUCCUGGGCCCCCUGUGUUCCUUGCAGGUGAACGAGUGGGUUCUGCUGGGAUUCUGCUCUCAUGGAAUACACCACUGCAUCCAAAUGGAAGAAUUCUCUCCUAUGUGGUUAAAUACAAAGAAGUCUGCCCAUGGAUGCAAGCUGCUUAUAUGCAGGUCACAACAAAGCCAGAUAGUUUGGAAGUUCUUCUCACCAGUCUUCAUCCUGGAACAACUUAUGAAAUUAUGGUUGCUGCUGAGAACAGUGCUGGUAUUGGAGUGUUUAGUGAUCCUUUCCUUUUUCAGACUGCAGAAAGUGCUCCAGGUAAAGUAGUGAAUCUCACAGUUGAAGCCUUAAAUUCUUCAGCUGUAAAUCUGAUCUGGUUUCUCCCUCGGCAACCAAAUGGAAAGAUAACUAGUUUCAAGAUUAGUGUGAAACAUGCAAGAAGUGGAAUUGUAGUAAAGGAUGUCUUGGUUAAAGUAGAGGAUCUUCUGUCUGGGAGGUUGCCAGAAUGUAAUGAUAAGAGUGAAUCAUUUUUGUGGAGCACUACCACCCCUUCAACUACUUUUGGGAAAUCCACAAUUCUUUCACAGACUACAGUGACACCAAGUACAGAGGCACCAAGUCAGAUGAGCUCUGUUUGGAGUGAACCAAUCAGCUUUGUUGUAUCUAACCUCAGGCCGUAUACCACCUAUCUUUUUGAAGUCUCUGCAGUGACCACUGAAGCAGGCUACAUUGACAGUGCAAUUGUCCGGAUGCCAGAAUCAGUUCCAGAAGACCCACCACAGAAUUUUGCCAAAAGCAACAUUACAGCAAAGUCUUUCUCAGUAAUGUGGGACCCACCAACCAUAGUAACAGGAAAGUUUAGUUACAGAGUGGAGCUGUAUGGACCUUCUGGUCAUAUUCUGGAUAACAGUACAAAAGACCAGAAGUUUGUGUUUAGUAACCUCAUGCCGUUUACAACAUACGAUGUGUAUGUUGGUGCUGAGACGAAUGCUGGGGUGGGGCCAAAGACCAACCUUACAGUUUUCACUCCUGCAGAUUUCCCAGGUGCUGUAUCAGAUUUACAACUGGCAGAAGUGGAAGCCACAUAUAUAAAAAUUGUUUGGAGGAAGCCACAACAACCAAAUGGAAUCAUUACUCAGUACAGAGUUAAAGUACAUGUGCAGGAAACACUCGUCACUCUGGAAAACAUUAUUCUUGGAGAUAAAAAUAAGUAUCUGAUUGAUUCUUUGGAACCAGACGCAAUAAAAGAAAAUGUCAAAUCUUCUUCUCCCACUUGGAAUUCAAUGGAAGCAGACAAUGAUUUAUAUGAAGGUUCAGCUGAAAUGUUUUCCAGCGUUCAGACAGCUUCCCCAGUAGUAUUUACAAGAAUAUUUGGUGAUAAUUUGCCUGCUAUCAAUGGAGAUGCAGAAUUACAUUCUGGUUUGGAUAAUCAAUAUAACAUUGACAUUUCGGCUGAAGAACUGUCAUAUAUUAUAAAGGGCCUCACACCUUUCACAGAUUACACAAUUAGUGUGUCAGCUUUCACUGCUGUUGGAGAGGGACCACCGUCAGUUCUUACAGUCAGGACGUGCGAACAAGUCCCCAGCUCAGUACAAAACAUAUCUUACAAGAAUAUUAGCUCCUCCUCUGUUUUGCUGUACUGGCAUCCUCCAGCAAAUCCCAAUGGGAAAAUCACUCAUUAUACUGUUUAUGCGAUGGAAUUGGAUACAAAAAGAGCAUUUCACGAAACAACUUCAAACAACAGCUUACUAAUGACAGGUUUAAAAAAGUACACAAAUUAUAAAAUGAGAGUUGCAGCCUCUACUGCAGUUGGAGAAAGUGCUUUGUCUGAAGAGAAUGACAUUUUUGUGCGAACCCCUGAAGACGAACCAGACUCCCCACCUCAAAACAUAGAAUUAAUAAAUGUAACUGCAACAGAAAUAAAUCUGAGAUGGUUGCCACCUGAGCAGCCUAAUGGUGUCAUCACUCACUAUGAAGUUCUGUACAGCGAUUCCAAUGAAUUUUUUAUUAAAAAUGCCUCAUCUACAAGCAUAUCACUAAGUGAAAUGAAGCCAUAUACUCUCUACAACAUCUCAGUAAGGGCAUUUACCAGGCUUGGCCAUGGGAAUCAGUCAUCCUUUCCACUUCUGGUCAGAACUUCUGAAACUGUUCCUGAUUCUGCACCAGAAAAUGUAACCUAUAGGAACAUCUCAUCCACAGAAAUUGAAUUAUCAUUUUUUCCACCAUCCAUUCCCAAUGGAAUCAUACAGACUUAUACAAUAUAUCUCACAAGGACUAAUGGGACUGAGCAAAGAGUCAUAAACACUACUCGUCUGACGCUGCAUAUUACAGAUUUAAAUAAAUAUACAGAAUAUACUGUAGAAGUGUCUGCUAGUACCAUGAUGGGGGAGGGCCUUCGUAGUACACUUCUGCAUAUACUAACUGAUGAAGAUGCUCCAAGUUCUCCUCCACAAUCCCUCUCUGUAGAACAGUUGUUGGGUGUCACUGUGAAGUUGUCAUGGAAACCUCCGCUGGAGCCAAAUGGAAUUAUCCUCUAUUACACACUUUAUGUCUGGAAUAAAAUGUCAAAGUGGAGUGUAAAUGUAACGGAAACAUCACUGGAAUUCACAGACCUAGAAUAUAACUAUGAGUAUAGUGCUUACCUAACAGCAAGUACAAGAUUUGGUGAUGGCAACAUAAAAAGUGAUACUAUAACAUUCAAAACUUCUGAAGGAGCACCAAGUGAUCCACCAAAAGAUGUUACAUACAGAAACCUUACUUCCACAUCAAUAAUGCUGUUCUGGUCUCCUCCUCAAAAGCCUAAUGGAAACAUACUGUACUACUCAGUUUAUUUCAAAAAUAAUUCAGGAAUAUUCAUACAGAAUUUCACAAGUUAUGGUAAUGACAGCAAUGUCAGUAUGUCCCCAUUUGUGGUGCUGGAUGACUUGGUAAAAUACAGCCAUUAUACUUUAUGGUUAACUGCAAGCACAGCAUUUGGAGAUGGAAACAGAACCAGUGAAAAAAUAGAUGUGUAUACAGAUCAGGAUAUCCCAGAAGGUUUUGUUGAAAAUCUGCUCUAUCAAAACAUUUCCUCAACUUCUGUAAAUGUAAGCUGGCUUCCACCAUCCCAGCCAAAUGGCUUAGUCUUCUUUCAUGUUUCUCUAAGUUUAAUGCAACUGGAAACCAGUAAGAUACUGUCUUUCCUUACUUACAACACAAGCAUAAUUUUUGAUGAUCUGGAGAAAUAUACUGAUUACAUUCUGAAAAUCACACCUGCCACUGAUAAAGGAUCUUCUGAACAGCAUGCUCUAAGUCUUCAUAUAAGAACUGAUGAGGAUGUCCCAGAAUCAGCACCUGUAAUCAAAACAUUUUCAAAUCUCUCAACUACCUCAGUUAUGCUUUCAUGGGACCCUCCUAUUAAGCCAAAUGGUAUUAUAAUACGUUAUGAUUUAAAUUUAUUUGGGCCAGAAAGGAAUAACUCAUUCUCUGCCACCAAUAAUUUUAUCAUCUUGGAAGACCUUCUGCCAUUCACAUUGUACAGCAUUUAUGUAGCUGCAAGGACAAUAAAAGGACCUGGUCCAUCUGCUGUGCUUCAGUUUUACACAGAUGAGUCAGUGCCAUUAGCUCCACCCCAGAAUUUGACCAUUAUCAACUACACCGCAGAUUCUGUGUUGCUAAAAUGGGAUCCAAGUCCCCAGUCAAAUGGUGUUAUUAUGAGAUAUAAUUUUAAGAUUUAUCAAAACAACACUGAAAAACUCUUUUUUUGGAACAUUUCAGGUUCAAAUCAUGAGGCAAGCCUUGUUGGAUUAGAACCAUUCAGCCCCUAUUUUAUCAGUGUCUCUGCAUUUACCAAGCUUGGGAAUGGCAAUCAGUUCAGUAAUGCUGUCCAAUUUACAACGAUGGAAUCAGUGCCAGAUGCUGUACAGAACAUUCAUUGUAUUGCAACAAGUUGGCAAUCGAUCCAAGUGCAGUGGGACCCUCCUGCUUCACCCAAUGGUGUAAUUACACAUUACAUCAUAACAGUUGAAGGAAAUUCUACAAUUUUUUCAUCUUAUGAUACACUGCAUACUUUUAGAAAUCUGCUUUCCAAUAUUACUUAUCGAAUUAAAAUAAAAGCUGCAACAUCUGCUGGUGGUGGUGAAGAAUGCAUAUGCAAUGCCAGUACCCUUCCAGAAAAAGUUCCUAGUGCUCCCAGGGACAUAGUUUUUUCCAAUGUGCAAUCAACAAGUGUGACCUUGCACUGGAGAUCACCAAAAUCUAUCCUUGGCUACUUUCAAAACUACAAGAUUACCACACAGCUACAAUCCAUCCACUGCAGUGACUGGGAAGCUAUGGGAUGUAUUGAACGUGAGAUGCAUCAGUAUUUAUAUGAAAAUGUCAUGAAUAGCUGGAUAGAAGACACAGUGUAUGGACUGAAAAAAUACAGGUGGUACAGAUUUGCAGUUGCUGCCAGUACGAAUGUUGGUUAUGGCAGUUCUUCACCUUGGAUUGCAACACAAACCCUUCCUGGCUCUCCAGAUGGUCCUCCAGAAAAUGUGACUGUUUYAGCUACAUCUUCUCACAGUAUUAAUAUCAGCUGGAGCGAACCUGCCAUCAUUACGGGACCAACGAGCUACCUCAUAGAUGUCACCUCUGUAGAUAAUGAUAACUAUAUAGCUCAGUUUUUGAAGACAAAUGAUGAGAAUAAAGUCUUAGAAAUUUCUGAUUUAAAAGCAUUUACGAGGUAUUCUGUAGUAAUCAUUGCCUUUACGGGGGAUGUUAAUGCCGCACUUCUAGAAGGCAAGGCUAGUUCUCCACUAAUUGUCUCCACUUUUGAAGCAGUUCCUGAAGACCCACCUAACAACAUAACUUUUCAGAAGAUACCAGAUGAAGUCACAAAGUUCCAAGUAACAUUUGUGCCACCAUCUGAACCAAAUGGAAAUAUUCAAGUGUAUCAAGCUAUGGUUUAUAAUGAAGAUGACCCUGCUGCCAUCCAGAUCCACAACCUUAGUGUCAUUGAAAAAAAAGAUCAGUCAGUCACUGCCAUGAUAGAAGGACUAAAAGGAGGACAUACCUAUAAUGUCAGCGUGUAUGCAAUUAAUGGUGCUGGUGCAGGGCCAAAAAUUCAAUUGAAAAUAACCAUGGAUAUCAAAGAACCACCAAGGCCCAAAAAGAAACCAGCACCAGUUUAUGAUCCCAAUGGAGCAUUGCUCGUCACAGAUACAACACUUACAAUCAGAAUGCCAAUAUGUUAUUACAGUGACGAUCAUGGCCCUAUAAAGAAGAUACAAGUUCUUGUUGUGGAAGCUGGAGCUCAGCAUGAUGGGAAUGUUACUAAGUGGUAUGAUGCCUACUUCAACAGACCAAGGCCAUAUUUUACAAAUGAAGGCUUUCCAAACCCACCAUGUAUAGAAGGAAAAGAAGAUCUGAGUGGGAAAGAAGAGAUAUAUGUCAUAGGUGCUGAUACUACAUGUAUGAUGUCAGGUAGUCAAGACAAAAUAUGUAAUGGCCCAUUGAAACCCAGAAAGCAGUACCUAUUUAAGUUCAGAGCAACUAACAUUAAAGGACAGUUUACAGAUUCUGACUAUUCUGACCCUGUCAAAACAUUAGGUGAAGGACCAACAGGAAGAUCUGUAGAAGUUUUCCUUUCUGUUAUUUUAUGUAUAAUUUCAGUUGUUUUUGUGGUGGCUGCAGUAUAUGCUUUUGCAAGAAUUCGGCAAAAGCAAAAAGACGGAGGGACAUACUCCCCCCGAGAUGCUGAAAUUGUUGACACGAAAUUCAAACUGGAUCAGCUGAUCACAGUGGCAGACCUGGAGCUGAGGGAUGAGAGAUUUACACGAUACUCUUCAUUUUUCUUUAGACGCAAGGAGAUUUUUGUCAUCCAGCCAGUAAGCAAGAAAUCCUUUCUACAACAUGUUGAAGAACUUUGCACAAACAACAACCUAAAGUUUCAGGAAGAAUUUUCGGAACUUCCCAAGUUUCUUGAAGACCUUGCUUCAACUGAUGCUGAUCUGCCUUGGAACAGGUCUAAGAAUCGUUUCCCAAACAUAAAGCCAUAUAAUAACAACAGAGUAAAGCUGAUGCCUGAUGCUGGUAUUCCUGGAUCUGACUACAUUAAUGCCAGCUAUGUGUCUGGUUAUUUAUGUCCAAAUGAAUUUAUUGCAACUCAGGGACCGUUACCAGGAACAGUGGGUGAUUUCUGGAGAAUGGUGUGGGAGACAAGAGCUAAAACACUUGUGAUGCUCACACAAUGUUUUGAAAAAGGACGUAUAAGAUGUCAUCAGUACUGGCCAGAAGAUAAUAAACCAGUAACUGUGUUUGGGGAUAUAGUGAUCACUAAAUUGAUGGAAGAUGUUCAGAUAGACUGGACCAUCAGAGAUCUAAAAAUUGAAAGGCAUGGAGACUGCAUGAUGGUGAGGCAGUGUAACUUUACUUCUUGGCCAGAACACGGAGUUCCUGAAACUACUGCACCAAUUAUCCAUUUUGUAAAACUUAUCCGUGCAAAUCGAGCACACGAUAACACACCAAUGGUGGUUCACUGUAGUGCUGGUGUCGGAAGAACAGGUGUUUAUAUUGCACUUGAUCAUUUAACCCAGCAUAUGAAUGACCAUGAUUUUGUGGAUAUCUAUGGACUUGUAGCUGAGCUAAGAGGUGAAAGAAUGUGUAUGGUACAAAAUCUGGCACAAUAUAUAUUUUUGCAUCAAUGUGUCCUGGAUCUGUUGACAAGCAAGGGAAGUAGUCAGCCCCUAUGUUUGGUAAAUUAUUCAGCCCUGCAAAAGAUGGACUCUCUGGAUGCCAUGGAAGGUGAUGUGGAGCUUGAAUGGGAAGAAACUACCAUGUAA